AUGCGGGGACCCAGCGACCAGAUCUCCGUAUCUCCCUCUGAAACCCUCGCAUUGCAGCCGAACAGCGCUUCUGCAACUCCGGCGGGGGUCCAGCAGCCCACCGCUCUCCCUUCCGCCGCUUCCGCCGCCCCCCCUCCGGGGGCAAGCCUGAGGCUCAUUCCCCUUCGUGGCGCGAGAUCUGCGCGAACCGCCGUGUCGCCAUACGCAACAGUACCGAAUUCUACUGUAACGACCCAGAGCGCGUACGCGACGCGGUUCGUCCCUCUCAAGCCGCGCCUCGGGAAGCUUCAGCACCAGCAGCAGCGGCGCGAGGUGGAGGGCGCGACGGACAUAGCGAACCAGGACGGCCCGAUACUGGUCUAUUCGAAGGAGUACUUAAUGUACUAUGGGACCUCGACCGAGGGGUCCGGCCAGGAUGUGAUUGGAAAAUUCAAAAAUUCGUUGGGCGGAGACACGGGGAACCGGGGCGACCCGGCGGGGGAGAACAGUGUGCGUAGUAGUUGGGACAUGUCGACCAACUCCUACCAGACUAACGACGACGGCUCUCAGCCGUUCGUCAGUCCCGAGGUCAUGUUGAACAACACGGUCACGGACGACUGUUUUAACGGCUGGGAAUCCAUCGACGGCACUUUCACGGACGACGGAUCUGACGGCUGGGAAUCCUCCGAUUAUAGGCCGAUCUACACGCAAGACACUUACGGAAUCUACCUCGUGCUCGCGAUCGCUUGUUGGCUACUAAUAGCCCUUAGUUCAUUCUAUGCGUUCUACUUAAAACCCGCGGGCCAAGUUCAACGUUAG